ACAAACGAUUAAGUUCUCAUUAGUAAUAUUCAGGAUUAUUGGAGUAUAUAAACCGCAAAUUCUUCAUUACAGUAAUAGCCUGCUCAGUGUAAUAAGCAGAAAAAGGAAACGGCCUAUUAUAGUGGCUAACAAUAUCGACUCUGGUCGAUUUUCGAGGUCGGCUUCUUUCAGUGAGGAUGUAGUUGAAAAUGUAGCAGAAAUGUAGAAAUGUAAAUCGGCUUAUUGUGAAGAAUGACGAAUAUCUGGUGCCUCGUGGCCCUGGUUUCGGUUGUCCAGCCGUGUUGUCUCCCCAGACAAAUCCAGUUUGACAUGACAGCUAAAGGAUAUGAGGAAUUUUUCGGACAGAAAUUUUACUACACGGACCACAGAACAUUUUAUUAUGAUGAAGAUAGGAAUUGUACCUUUUUGAGAUCAAGAUCUGAAGCAGGAGAUGUUCAGUUAAGCAUUCUAACUAACUACUCCUCCGGAACUGAAUACACUGUGGGGGACAAUUGCUUUAUGAGAUCACUUUCUUCCACAUUUGAGAAAAAGUGUUUGUCAGAUAAUGCUGUUUUCCAAAGGGAAAUAAUAAUGAGAAAUGAUACGGUUAUUUCUCGUGUGCACGUGUACAAGGCAAACAUUUCGGAGAAUGGUCGAGCAUUUGAACGAGAAUAUGGGGUGGUUCCUGAAGGGGAUACUUGUUAUUUUCUUUGGCAGAAAGACACUGACCGACCCCGGAGACUUGAAGAUAUGGAAUAUUCUCCUGAGACAAUUACCUUUACAAAUAUUCAAAAACAAAUUUUGGAUAAUUCUGUAUUCGAGGUUCCAGAGAAAUGUGCAGACGCAGAGAUAAUAUAAAAAGCUGUGAUGUCUAUUUUUUCACUGAACAAUGGAUAAUGUCAUGCUUUUAUUGUUUAAGUGUCCUUGGAGCAAAUCAAUAUUAUCUAUUGACCAUUACUAGGGUUAAUUUCUCUGUACAAUGGUGUAAUAUGAAGAUUCUUCAGCGGAAAAUCAAAAUCGAUUCGUGGAUGCAUUUAAUUUUUGAUAUUGUGCAUUGAAAUCCUCAAAAGCUUCUGACAGGAUAUUUACUUUACGAAUCUGCAUAAUGCAAGCCUCCCUCUCAGCAGUGUACGUCUGUUAUAUGGCUUAGUAAACGUCGUCUGCAGACAUUUGCUCUAGUGCAUUGAGCGAAUAAUAUGGCGACUGCCAAGUGACCAUUACAUUCAAUCGAUUGAUGGCAAUUGUUCUCUUUAUUUCCCUGCGGGGAUAUUGUUAACGAUAAGUGAGCAAUACCACUGGCAAACUGUGGUAGAUGAGAAUUUUCCAUAAAAUAGCAUCGUUAUAUAUAUUCAUGAAAUUGAAACAAAAACUAUUGAAUAAACAGUUAUUUCUGCUCAAAUAUUGUAAUUUUGUAUCAUUAUUUAUUGUUUUGCAAAAUAAAACCGAGUAAAUCUAAA